GGAGGGGCGAGAGGGAAUCCCAGGGAACAUUAGAGAUAUCGCAUUAUUGCUUUUCGCUUUGGUCGCUGCAUCUGUUUCCCAAGAAGUUAAGAUGAAAAAAAAAAAAAAAACUGGGAAUGAAUGAAAGAAGAGAGUGAACUGAAUAUGUGUUUGUAGGAGGAGGCGCUAAAUGUGUACGGGAGAAAACAAGCAGAGCUGCAGCGAAUCAGCAGCAGCCCAGCGGAGGAGCUCAGUGAGAGCAAGCAGUGAAGCUCCUAUACGAUGCUUUCUUAAUGAGUUAGAACUGUUUUCGCUUUGGACAUGUCGCUCUUUGUGUUCAGAGGUGAAGACUCGCUGGCACAUCGUUGGCUCUGAUAAAAGAAAAGCGGAUGAACUUUGAUUCGGACGAUCCUACGUGAAAACUGUGUGUUUAUUGUGAGGGGACCGUGGAGGCCUUUCUGACGCCCAGCUGGACAGCACCAAAGCCCGCAGACCUUCUGGCAAGAUGUCAAGGAUGCUCCGAGAACAGAAGGAUCUCUGAGCGCGUAGAGGGCAGCGUGUCAGUCUGCAGAAAGGAGACAGGGCGCAGAUCGCAAACUAAGCCGAAGGGGUCUGCAUUGUCGCUUUGUUAGGAGAUAUUUGUUUUCUACUAGAGACAGAGAGAGAAUGGCAUCGCUUGAUAUGUGCGUGUACCCGCGGAUUUCCUCUACGUGACCCUGGUCUCGUUCGGAGUGCGUCAGGACUCCCCCGCCGUUGGUUCGGGCAGAUCGGAUGCUGACGCCCUGCUUUCUCAAAGGAACAUAUCAGUUAAGGGUCAAAGGAUUGAUUUAGUAAGGUGAACCCCUGCUCAUUUCAUUUCGCCAUGGAUGACUCGGGAAUAAUAAGGCGUCGCAGGCUGCAGGACUUGCCGCUGCCUCGCAAAAACAGCAGUUGCCGCACGACCAACAGGAAGAAUCUGAUCCUGACGACCACUUCUCCCACAUUGCCUCGCCCUCACUCCCCCCUUCCCCUCCCAGGACACCUCGGAAGCAGCCCACUGGACAGCCCCAGAAACUUCUCCCCAGGCAACCCUGCACACUUCUCAUUCGCCUCCUCUAGAAGAGCGGAUGGGAGGAGAUGGUCUUUAGCAUCUUUACCCUCCUCUGGAUAUGGCACUAACACUCCCAGCUCAACGUCCUCCAGCUCCUCCCAGGAGCGGCUGCAUCAGCUGCCUUCCCAACCCACCAUGGAUGAGCUCCACUUCUUAUCCAAACACUUUGGCAGCACUGAAAGCAUCACAGAUGACGACGGGGGCCGCUGCUCCCCCCACAUGCGCCCGCGCUCCCGCAGUCUCAGCCCGGGACGCUCUUCCUCCUGCUAUGACAAUGAGAUCGUCAUGAUGAACCAUGUGUACAAAGAACGUUUUCCAAAGGCCACAGCACAGAUGGAGGAGAGGCUGGCUGAGUUCACCCAGGCCUUCUCAUCCGAGAGAGAUCUUCCACUGGCCGACGGAGUCCUCAGCUUCAUCCAUCAUCAGAUAGCUGAGCUGGCCAGAGACUGCUUGGCCAAAUCACGCGAGGGCCUCAUCACUUCUGUCUAUUUCUUUGAACUACAGGAGAAUCUUGAGAAGCUGCUUCAUGACGCCUUUAAGCGCUCUGAAAGCUCUGAAGUAGCCUUUGUCACAGAGCUGGUGAAAAAGCUUCUAAUCAUCAUUUCCCGACCUGCGAGGCUCUUAGAGUGUCUGGAGUUUAAUCCAGAGGAGUUUUACCAUCUACUGGAAGCAGCAGAGGACCAUGCCAAGGAGGGACAUCUUAUGAAAACUGACAUUCCACGUUACAUCAUCAGCCAGCUGGGACUGACAAGAGAUCCAAUAGAAGAUAUGGUGAACCUGGAAAGUUACGACAGUGAGGGACCAUUAACACCUGAAACAGACGACUCGACAGAGGGAAAGAUCAGAUCAAUAAAACCACCAGGAGAAGCAGACUUCCAGACCAUCAAGCUGAUCAGUAACGGAGCAUAUGGGGCUGUGUACUUGGUGCGUCAUUUGGAGACACGCCAACGGUUUGCCAUGAAGAAGAUCAACAAGCAAAACCUGAUCCUGAGGAACCAAAUCCAGCAAGCCUUUGUGGAAAGGGACAUACUCACUUUUGCAGAAAAUCCCUUUGUUGUUUCCAUGUUCUGUUCCUUCGAAACCCGCCGUCACCUCUGCAUGGUCAUGGAGUACGUGGAAGGAGGGGACUGUGCCACUUUGCUGAAAAAUAUUGGGGCUCUGCCUGUGGAAAUGACACGCAUGUACUUUGCAGAGACUAUCCUUGCACUGGAGUACCUACACAACUAUGGCAUCGUGCAUCGAGACCUGAAGCCUGACAACCUCCUAAUAACGUCAAUGGGACACAUCAAACUGACUGACUUUGGUCUGUCUAAGAUAGGACUGAUGAGUCUGACCACCAACUUGUAUGAAGGACACAUAGAAAAGGAUACACGGGAGUUUUUGGAUAAACAGGUGUGUGGAACUCCAGAGUAUAUUGCUCCGGAGGUGAUUCUCCGUCAGGGUUAUGGGAAGCCAGUGGACUGGUGGGCUAUGGGCAUCAUCCUGUAUGAGUUUCUGGUUGGUUGUGUGCCUUUCUUUGGAGAUACUCCAGAGGAGCUCUUUGGACAAGUCAUCACAGAUGACAUAGUGUGGCCAGAAGGAGACGAGGCUCUUCCUGUGGAUGCCCAGCACCUGAUCUCCUCUCUGCUGCAGACAAACCCUCUGGUGCGACUGGGCACAGGUGGUGCUUUUGAAGUCAAGCAGCACUCGUUCUUUGCAGAGGUGGACUGGAACAGCCUGUUGAGACAGAAAGCAGAGUUCAUCCCUCAUCUAGAGUCAGAAGAAGACACCAGUUAUUUUGACACCCGGUCUGAGCGCUACCAUCACGUGCAGUCAUACGACGAAGACAACACCAACGACGAUGAACCAGUGGAGAUCCAUCGCUUCUCAUCCUGCUCCCCUCGCUUCAGCAAGGUGUAUAGCAGUAUGGAGCAUCUGUCCCAGCUGGAGCAUAAAGCCCACACUGUGACUCUACGAGAGCAUAAGGUCCCCCGAGAGGACCGGGUAACCAAGAGAGAAAGCUUGGGAAGUGUCACCCUACGAGAAAAGAACUGGAGGACAAGUUCACCAGAAAUGAAACGACUGUCCUGCUCAGAGUCCUUCUUCACUGAAAGUGACUCUAGCCCACCGUCUGGGGCCCGCCGGCGCUUCUCCGCCCUGAUGGACAUGAGCCGCUUUGCCUCACCUCAGGAGCUGGAAAUCGAGCCGCCUGGUCUAGGUAAGCAGCCUCCUGUUAAGACCAGAGGCGCUUCCCUGGAAGGAGCUGUCCCCUCUCAUGGAGACCUAAGAACGUUCUUUAAAGAUGGUAAUAGCCACACAGCAGCAGACAAGCUUUUGAGACCUGCUGAAGCAUCAUUGCCACUGCCAGGCAGUCUGGGACUUCAUGAUCUCCAGGGGCCCCGUGGGGCCACUACAGACCUGGUGUUGCGGAGGGUCCGACACCAGCAGCUCUCGUCUGAAGGAGAUAAGAGUAACUCACGACCAGGAACUAAAGUCAUAAAAUCUGCUUCAGCUACUGCUUUGUCGGUCAUCAUUCCAGCAGUGGAGCAACAUGGUGCCUCCCCACUGCCCAGCCCCAUGUCUCCUCGCUCCCUCUCGUCUAACCCCUCUUCCCGUGACUCCUCUCCAAGCAGAGAUUUCUGUCCCAUGGUGAAUGUCCUGCACUCUCCUAUCACCAUCCACCGCUCCGGGAAGAAGUAUGGUUUUACCCUUCGAGCGAUCCGAGUCUACAUAGGAGACAGUGAUGUUUACAGCGUGCAUCACGUGGUCUGGCAUGUUGAGGAUGGAGGUCCUGCUCAGGAGGCUGGACUGAAAGCUGAGCACCUUAUCACUCACGUAAACGGGGAGUCAGUCCAUGGUCUUGUCCAUACAGAAGUAGUGGAGCUCAUCCUGAAGAGUGAAAACAAAGUUACAGUAACAACCACUCCCUUUGAGAACACCUCCAUAAAAGUGGGUCCUGCCCGCAAGACCAGCUACAAAUGUAAAAUGGCGCGUCGCAGCAAAAGGACGGGAGUCAAGGAAGGACAAGAUAAGAAACGCAGCUCACUGUUCAGGAAAAUCACAAAGCAGUCCAACCUGCUCCACACCAGCCGGAGCCUCUCCUCCUUGAAUCGUUCACUUUCUUCUGGAGACAGUCUGCCAGGAUCCCCCACCCACAGCUUUGCUGCCCGCUCCCCCACGCAGAGUUACCGCUCAGCUCUCGAAUCCCCUUAUCUGGGUACAUCAUCCCAGAGCAGUUCUCCGGCAUCAAGCACUCCCAACUCCCCAGCGACCUCCCACCACAUGAGGCCCAGCUCCCUGCAUGGCCUGUCCCCCAAACUUCACCGGCAGUACCGCUCUGCACGCUGCAAAUCCGCUGGUAACAUCCCACUCUCCCCGCUGGCUCACACCCCGUCCCCGACCACCUCUUCCCCUCCGUCUCUUACAGGCCACACGGUGGGGAGCUCCAACACCACCCAAAUGUUUCCCGCCAAGCUGCACUCCUCACCUCCAGUUGCCCGCCCUCAUCCCAAGAGUGCUGAGCCACCUAGGUCCCCCUUGCUGCAGCGGGUACAGUUUGCAGAAAAGCUAGGUGCGCCCAUCCUACCUUCCUCCUCUUCAUCAUCUUCGUCACCUUCCCCUUUGACAGGAGGGGUGUCUUUGCGCAAGCAUAGCUUGGAGGUAUCUCAUGGGGACUACAGGAGAGAGUCCUUCCACUGUGAACACAGUCUGCAAAGUUUGCUGGAGAUAGAAGGAGAGAACGGACCUGCUCCACCCUCUCCGUCCUCGUCUUCCUCCCCUUCUCCUCCUAUGGGAGCAGAGAUUGGAGGCCUUAACCAUGUGAGGAGGCUGGGGAGGCAGGAGUCAGUGCUCAGCAGAGACACACUUGUGACAGCAAAGGAGAAAGAUGUUAUAACAUCAGCAUCUAAGCUCUCUGGGUCGCAAAAUGUAAAUGCAGUUGCCCCAGCAGAGUCUAAGACCAAUGCUGAUACAAGCAAGGCACCACUCAAAGAGGUUGCAAGGAGUAAUGGGAGUAUGAAUACAGCUGAAAUAACGUCUAUUACUUCAUCUGCAGACAUGACAGCAGUAACUGGGAUUAAAUAUUCAAGUGCAAAGGCAUCAGCCUCAGAGGGAACAGGCUUUCAGACCAAAGCAAGUGAGAACAUUUCAUCUGCAGGUACAUCCAAGAGCCCACAACAAGACACCAAGCAGCAGAGUGCACAGACAGAAGAGGGUCAUGCUACUAAAGCUCAGGAGAAGACAGAAGAAAAAGAAAAAGGCACUAUAGCCGUAGAAAAGGUAAACUUGCAGAAAACACCAAUCACUGAGCACUGCAAGCAGCAUAAAGGCUCGGAGACCAGAGAUAAAGGAGGCAUCUUUGAAAGUGUUAGGGCAACUGAACCAUCAAAGGCCAAAGUACCUCCAUCCCCUCUUCCACCCCUGUUUCAAACAAACCCUGCACCCAGGCACAGAGCGGAGAGGUCAAUGAACAGCAGCCGUGGGACCAAAGAGGGCAAGAUGCAGAUGGACGUCCUGGAGGAAAACCCAGUAUCUCCUUCCUCAAAUGCAGCCUCUCCCUGCUCAAACAAGUCCCGGGCCAUGUCUCUGGGGGACAAGGCCAGCUUCGUCACCCAGCUCACAAGUGUAGCUAAAACAGUGCUGGGACCCAUGAAAGGAGGGUCUCAAGAGGGUGGCAAGGUGAAAGACACCUCAAAGUCAAAUGAGGAGAAGAAAGGAAGCACAGCUCUGAAAGCAGAGGCCUCAUCAACGGGGGUCCGCCGGGGGGCUCAUGGUUCCACUGUUCACUCUGACAAAGGUAACAGCCGGAGCUCUAAACAUCACUCAUGAUGCAAAAGCUUCAGAAACACUAAGACUGUCCCAUGUAAUGCCUUUAAUUGUAGCAUCAGACUGACAUAUCAUAUGAAUUUGUAUGUGGCAAAGAUAAAAAUUUCUGAGCAAAAAAAACACAUCAAAAAGAAGUAGAAAAGAUGUCAGCAACGAUCAGCUACUGUUGUGAAAUGUGCACAUAGUGUCCUGAUGUAGACCUGUGUAAUACUGUAUGCUCAUUUCAACAUGUUGAGUAUAAUGUAAAAAAGUCAUAUGUCUCCAUGCAUGUCUGAUUAUAGAGAAUGACAGACUAUUUAAAAAGAUGAAAAAUAUACUGCAGACAUUGAGAUAGAAAACACUGUGAACAACCUUUCAACUUGACAAGCAGAAUUUAGACUGUGUAAAGUGGGAUUCUGUUAGAAAAAGGCGUUACUUACAUUUCAGCUCAGUUGUAGGGAAGGUAUUUAGAUGCUGUAUUUAUUUGAAGUUCAGGUACUAAAAAGUGUCACCAAGAGCGUGCGUUUUCAUGUAUGACACAAAGACGAUAACAGUGACUUGCAAAAUGCCCCUUGAGCUUUUUCUUUGUGGCACUAGAGGCAUUUAUUUUUCAAUUUUUUCCACAGUAGGUAGACAGGAAAGAGGGAAAAGAGAGGGGGAGACAUUCGGCAAAGGUCGCCAGGUCCACCAGCACCGCACACCACCCCUUGAGCUUUUUCAUGGCGGUUUUUGGCAGUUUUCUGCCAUCCAGGGAUUAUUUCUUUGUAGCUUUUGCUGCAUGUUUAAGAUCAUUGUCCUGCUGGAAGGUGAACCUCUGCCCCAGUCUCCAGUGUUUUUCAGCAUCAAACUGAUUUCCAUCUUCUUAUUAACUCUGAUCAGAUUCCCUGUUCCUGCUGACAAAAAAAUUC